AUGUCUGUAAUGAAAACUCAACAAAAGAAACUGGAAGGAGCUUACCUGCAAUGGUAUUUUCAGUGUCCUCCCAAGUUUGGCCUCUUUGCUCCCAUCCACAAGGUGAUCCGGAUCGGUUUCCCAUCAACCAGCCCUGCCAAGGCAAAGAAGAGCCAACGAAUGGCCAUGGGACUGUCUGCCUUAACCCACAGCCCCAGCAGCUCCUCCAUCAGCUCUGUCAGCACUGUGGCAUCAUCUGUUGGUGGCAGGCCCAGCCGCAGCGGGCUGCUGACAGAGACCUCUUCUCGAUAUGCCCGAAAAAUCUCUGGCACCACAGCUCUCCAGGAGACACUGAAGGAGAAGCAGCAGCACAUUGAACAGCUCCUGGCAGAGCGUGACCUGGAGCGGGCUGAGGUUGCCAAAGCCACCAGCCACAUCUGCGAGGUGGAGAAAGAGAUUGCCAUCAUGAAGGCCCAACACGAGCAGUACGUCACGGAGGUAGAAGGAAACCUCCAGCGAGCACGAACUCUGGUGGGUGUGAUGCAGAAGGAGAAGAUUGAACUGUUGAACCAGCUGGAAGAGGAGAAGAGGAAAGUGGAGGACCUGCAGUUCCGUGUGGAAGAAGAAUCCAUUACAAAGGGGGAUCUGGAGACUCAGACGCAGUUGGAGCAUGCAAUGGCUCUUCUUUCACCCUCCCCUCCACCUAUCUCCCUAAGGGCCAUUGCUCAAUGA